AUGCGCCUCCUCCCCGCCCUCCGCUUCCGCCCCAAUGUCCCACGCCUCCAAACCGCUUCCCUCUCCACCUCUCCCUCCCUCCUCAAUGGCAAAUCCCUCCCGCCCCGCACCCCCCUCCUCGACGCGGACCUAAUCGAAAACUUCCUCAAAGGCUCCGGCCCUGGCGGCCAGAAAAUCAACAAAACCUCCUCCGCCGUUCAACUCAAACAUAUCCCCACUGGUAUCGUAGUCAAGUACCAGGAUACGCGGUCAAGAGAGAUAAACCGGAAGAUGGCGAGGCGGAUUCUGCAGGAAAGGAUUGAGGAGAUGGAGUUGGGGGAGGGGGCGCGGACGAAGGUCAAGGCGAGGGAGAAGGCGAAGAAGAAGGCUAGUAGUGGGAAGAAGGCUAGGAGGAAGUAUAGGGCGUUGGCAGGGGAGAAGGAUGGGGAGGAUGGUGGUGAAGAGGGGAAGACUGGGGAGGUAGUUGAUGGAUUGGAAUUGGGGGAAGGGGCUGAGGAAAAGGUUGAGGGUGCUGAUAAUAGUAAGACGGUGGGCGGUUGA